UGUGGGCGGGGCCUCAGCCAGGUGCCAGUUCACUCCUUCAGUCAAAAGACAGAAGCAGCACUUCUCCCACUUCUCCCGAGUUGUGAUGGGGCCCGGAGAAGCUGUGUUGCUGGGGUUUGUGCUUUUCUUCUCAUGUGGAAACCUUGGCGUGGCCUCGCGCAGCCGGCUCAGCGUCAGCACCAACGAGACGCACUCCAUGAGCCAAAUCCCACAAGUGGCAGCGAGUUCCCUGCAGACGAUGGAUCACCGGCCCAACCGGACGGGGAGCGAGCCCCUCACGUACCGGCUCAGGAGCUACCAGCUCAGGAAGCAGAAACCUGCCGGGCCUCUCAUGGCGCAGACGCAGGCCCCAGAGCAGCAAAAGGCCCCAGAGUUGUUCAAACUGCCCUUUAAAGGCCCAGAUCUGAACCCACGUCCCAAGCAGGAAUCAAAAGUGCCGAAGAAGGUGGAGCAGCGGGUGCCCGUGGCUGCUGAGAGCGUGGCGGUGCGCUGCGGGGAAAGAGAGGUCAGCGUGGAGGUCAAGAAGAACUUCCUGGGAAACGGUCAGGUGAUCCGAGCGAGUGAUCUGACAUUAGGAGGCUGCGCCGGAGUCGACACCGACGACCACGUCCUGUGGUUCCACGCGGAAUUGCAGGGCUGCGGCAGCACGUUGAAGAUGACUGAAGGAGCCCUCGUCUACUCCUUCUCCCUCAUCUACUCCCCAACACCCAUAGGCGACACCUUCACCCUGAAGACCAGCCCUGCUGAGGUGGGAAUUGACUGCCACUAUCUAAGGAGACAUUACGUGAGCAGCAAUGCCAUGAGGCCCGCCUGGACGCAGUUCGCCUCCGACGUGCUCGCCGAGCAGCAGCACCACUUCUCCCUGCGUCUCAUGACAGCGGACUGGCAGUCGCAGAGGCCGUCCAGCGGUUUCUUCCUGAGCGACGUCAUGCACAUCGAGGCGGCUGUCCUGCAGGGUCACCACGCUCCCCUGAGGGUCUUCGUGGACAGCUGCGUGGCCACGGCAGAGCCCGAUCCCUCCUCCAAACCCAGUUACCCCUUCAUCAGCAACCACGGGUGUCUGACUGAUGCUAAGCUGACAGGAGCCAAGUCUUACUUCAUGCAAAGAAGCCGGGAGGAUAAGCUUCACUUUCUGCUCAAAGCCUUCAGGUUCAAGCAAAAUCACAACGGCUCGUGUGUAUCUUCCCAGCUCUACAUCACAUGUCAUCUGAAAGCGACGACUGUCUCUGUUCCGGUCGACUCGCAGCACAAAGCGUGUUCAUUCCUCACUGAGGCCAACAGAUGGGUGGCAUCAGGUGGAGACAACAAGGUGUGUGGCUGCUGUGAAAGCAGCUGCGGUGAGGAGAGACGGAGAAGAGGCCUGGUUGCGGAUGCUGGUCUUCCUCCAGAGCUGCAGUGGGAGGCGGUGGUCGCUCUGGGCCCCAUCCUGCUGGAGGAGGAGCUGACGGAGGUGUCCGAGCUUCCUCCAGAGAUGCUCCCUCUGCUCCACACGCAGGAAGUUACUCCGGCAGCCUCCUCCCCGUCGAUAGCCCUGCUGUGCGGACUGGGUGCGGCGCUGGCCGUGGUGCUGAUAUUUUUCAUGGGUGCCGUCACUGUGAGCAAACUACACAAGCUCAAUGGAUACGAUGUCAGUACCUGAUUCAACAGAAUAAAACCUUGCUACCAGCA